AUGUCGUCCUCCAAGGGCCUUUUGCGACAUCUGCCUCUGCCUCUACGUCUGUGGAGCAAUUGUAGCCCACUAUCGGUGAUUACACGGCAGACGGCAACGUCUGUAUCUGCUUCUGUUUCUCAAGGAAUUGGAAUUGGCAACUGUGGUAUCUUUUCGAGAGGUCUUGCUUCACUUGUAAAUGGUCAAGUGAAGCCGUUGAAUAGUCGCCGUGAUAAUGGACGGCCUAUGCCAAUCGGUAUCCGGAGUCUUGUCCCCAAGAUCUCUGAUCGAGCUUGCUCCGCCCACGCCAGACUCGCCCGCAACGAAACAAUGACUGACCGCGAUGUUCUCCCUGACAAUGUCAAGCCCAAGCACUAUGAUCUCUCCUUGAGGGAUCUCGAGUUCACCAACUGGACUUACAAGGGAACCGUUACUAUCGACUCGGAAAUCACAAAGCCUACCAAGGAAAUCAUCGUCAACACUCUCGAACUCAAGCUCUCUCACGCCAAGGUCUCUGCCGACUCGAAGACAUUCGAAUCAACAAAAUUCGACUAUGACUCCAAGGCUCAGCGCUCUACCAUCACCUUUGACGAGGAGAUCCCCGUCGCUUCCAAGGCUUCCCUGAUCAUCGAGUUCGAGGGUAUCAUCAACAACGAAAUGGCUGGUUUCUACCGCAGCAAGUACAAGCCUGCCGAGACUCCUUCUGCUUCGGUUCCUAGCGAUGGUGAAUGGCACUACAUGUUCAGCACACAGUUCGAGGCUUGUGAUGCUCGCCGAGCGUUCCCUUGCUUCGACGAGCCCAACCUCAAGGCCACUUUUGAUUUCGACAUUGAGAUUCCUUCCGACCAGGUUGCUCUGAGCAACAUGCCCGUCAAGGAGACUCGACCUUCCAAGGAUGGCUGGAACAUUGUAUCAUUCGAGACCUCUCCUGUCAUGAGCACUUACCUGCUGGCCUGGGCUGUUGGUGACUUUGAGUACAUCGAGGCUUUCACCGACCGCAAGUACGACGGCAAACAGAUCCCUGUCCGUGUCUACACCACCCGUGGUCUCAAGGAGCAGGGUCAGUGGGCUCUCGAGCACGCUCCCAAGAUCAUGACUUCUUCUCCGAGAUCUUCGACAUCGACUACCCUCUGCCCAAGUCCGAUUUGA